AUGGCCCAAAGAAAUGCUGGCUUGAAGCACAUUUCGAACGCGCUGGCGACCCCGGAGCAGCUCUCCACGUCAUCCUCGUCAAUUGAUGGCGUGCCAUCCGAGCUCGAGACGUCGGUUCGUUGCGCAGGCGCGCAACUCACACAGUCCGCUGGAGUCUUGCUUCACCUCUCGCAGGAUAUUAUUGCCCAAGCGAUCGUGAUCUUUACGAGAUUCUGGCUAGGUGCCGAAGGCGGGAGCCUGCGAAUCUACUCGGCCAAGGACAUAUCCGCAGCCGCUCUGUACUUGACGGCCAAGUUAUCCUUUCAGCCCACGUCACCGCGCUCCAUUCUCAACGUCUAUCAUUUACUGUCAUCACCGGAGGCAUCGCCUCUGUGGUUCGUAAACCCGCAAGGUGCUCCCAAGCAGCCACCUGCUUCAGACGAUUAUAUUCUCUCCGAAGGGGCUUACCAGGCUGGCCGGUUGGUACUGUUGCGCAUCGAAUCGGUCAUUCUCCGGACACUUGGCUUCGACACGCAUGUGGCCCUGCCCCACACCAUUGCACUCACCUACCUCCAGACUCUCGGCGUGAAUAACCCCGCCGUCUCACGGAGGGCCCUCGAACAACUCAACGCAGCACUUCUCUCGCCGCAGUUACUGUAUGUCACGCAUCAGCCGAACGCGCUUGCAGUGGCAGCUAUCUAUCUGGCCACCCGCGAAAAGGGCGUCAAGCUAGUGGACGGGGAGUGGUGGGAAGUGUUUGACGUCGAUCGAGAGGAACUGGGCUUUCUAGUCGUCGCCAUGCAGAGCACGGAGGGGUUUUUGCGCAGAGAAAUGGAGGUGUGGAAGGGCAAGACAAUUCCCAUGGUGACCGACGAGGUCGAUGCGGAAAUCGAGCGCAGACUGCUGAUGGAUGAAGGGGAAUGA